AUGUACAAGGUAUUGGAGCGCAUUAUCCUGGACCGACUCAUUAAGCAUUGCGAAAAAACAACGCGGGACGAGCAAGCUGGCUUUCGUCCUGGCCGAUCUACGAUUGACCAGGUGUUCAUCGUCAGGAGAGUGAUCGAAAUCUGGCAGCACUAUUCGAAGCUAAUACAAUUAAGCCUUCUGGACUUUGAAGCCGCUUUCGACUCUUCUCACCGAGGCCGUCUUCUCAACGCGAUCCGCGCCGAUAGAGUGCCAGGAAAGUUCGUUCGCUUGCUUGAUGACAUGGAUAAGCGAACAACUGCUGUAGUUCGAACACCAGCCGGAUGUACAACACCGUUUGAGGUGGUAACUGAAGUAAGACAAGGGGCAGUGGCAGGACCCUUCCUGUUCAAUUUCGCCAUCGACGACAUUAUGCGAAGAACAGUAGAUCAGUGUCCUGCCGAUAUCAUUUUAGCACCAUUAGGACAUCCCUUGACCGAUCUCGAGUACUCUGACGAUUUUGUUAUAUUCGCGGAAGGCAGUACGAAAUUUCAAAAUCAUGUCAACCUUGUAUAG